UAUGGAAUCGUGAUUCUCUUUUUUUGGUAUGCUAUUCAAAUCCAGAUUGAAGGUCCAAUUAUCCCUUUCCAUGCCAUUUCGACGGUUGGGCUGAACUGCUGGAGAGUCUCGGUAUUAGAGAUGGGAAGCACAGCUGCUUUGAAUCCUUUGAUCUCUCAUUUGCAGCUUAAUAACCGCUGCUUUAACCGUCUUAGUUCGAGCGCGAAACGAAGCACUUCUUUGCAAAUCAACAGAGGAAAAGCUGGGUUUCGGAUUUCAGAGAGGCUCGGCCGGAAAAGGUUCGGUCGAGUUGUUUGCUUUGCUGUAGAAGAUGUGGAGGAGCAACAGAAGCAGUUGGGUGGUGUUGGCUCAGCUAUUGAAGAAAGACCAGUUGUAGAUGUGGCAGAUAAAUUGAAUGAAGAAAUUAUUGAAAAUGUGAACCAAGAUGACAAAGAUAGUGCCCUUUAUAAUUUCCUUUAUCCUAACAAAGAAGAACUCCCAGAUGAUAAAGAGAUGACUCUAUUUGAUCAUCUAGAGGAGCUGCGCGAGAGAAUCUUUGUAUCUGUUCUGGCAGUUGGAGCUGCUAUUUUAGGAUGUUUUGCUUUUUCAAAGGAAUUGAUAAUGCUUCUUGAAGCUCCUGUUAGUUCACAAGGUGUUCGCUUUCUGCAGCUUGCACCGGGAGAAUUUUUCUUUACAACGUUAAAGGUAUCUGGAUACUGUGGAAUUCUUUUAGGGAGCCCUGUCAUUCUCUAUGAGAUCAUAGCUUUUGUUCUUCCUGGUCUAACAAGGGCAGAGAGAAGGUUUCUGGGGCCAAUUGUUUUAGGCUCCUCUGUACUUUUCUAUGCUGGUGUUGUCUUCUCCUACUGGGUUCUCACUCCUGCAGCCUUGAACUUCUUUGUUAACUAUGCAGAAGGAGUGGUUGAAUCUUUAUGGUCCAUUGAUCAGUACUUUGAGUUUGUACUGGUACUCAUGUUCAGUACAGGACUGUCUUUUCAGGUUCCAGUUAUACAACUUCUACUGGGGCAACUUGGUCUAGUUUCAGGAGACCAAAUGCUAUCAAUUUGGAGAUACGUUGUGGUUGGUGCUGUUGUGGCAGCUGCGGUGCUCACGCCAUCAACUGAUCCUUUAACUCAGAUUUUGUUGGCGGGUCCCCUGUUGGGUCUCUACUUGGGUGGUGCUUGGAUGGUAAAGCUUAGUGGGCGUUAAUUAAUAUUAUGUCAUGGCAGCAUAUGAAAGCUCCUUUGCGUAAUUACUAAAACACGGAUUGUUCACAUGGCUGCCAAGAGGAUGUAUAUUGAGUCACGAAGAGAGAAGGGAAAAACAAGGGUGGGAAAUUACCCAUCUCCACCCUCUGUUUCACUCAUACUUUGUAACAAGUUCGAUCACAUCACCAACUCGCUAUAUUCAAAUUACUUUGUUCCUUGCCCCGUCAUCCCUUGAUGUAUCUAUUAGCUAGAAUGCAAGUGGUGAUUGGUCAUGGACAUCUUAGCUAUGAUUAUUCUUUUUUCUAAUUCAGAUUACUAUACUUCAUUCCA